AUGGCAGACAAUGACAUGCACCAGCUUCCCGAAAACGGAUUCGUGAGGAUCUUCCGGGAAGACCGAUCCGAAGAUGUUGAUAUGCCAGAUGUAGCUGCUCUGGAUGAUGAACGUCUCGCAGAGAAGGGAAACGAGGACGCUCGGGGCAACGAUCAGACGUCAGCCGCCUCAUCAGAGCCGCGAUGUCCAGCAGAACUAGCAUCACGAGGUCCUGCCGUUUCCAAAUUUAUCGUUGCUGUCGAUUUUGGUACCACCUUCUCCACGGUGUCGUUCCUUCGAGUCGAUCCGGGUGUGCAGGAGGAUCUUAUACCACCCCAGGAGAUCCGGUGCAUCGACCACUACCCAGACAAACCCCCUGGGAUAAUGCCCCAUGUCUUUGAAGGCAUUACCACUGUUCCCUCAGAAUUAUGGUAUCCAACGGCGAGAGUCAGUCCAACCCAAAACGGUGGGCGGGGGCUCCAGUCUCAGCCUGCUGAGGAGGAUGAGUAUUCUUCUGCACUAGACGAGGAGGGACAACCUUCUUCCACACCGGACACCUCUGACACCCAGAACGAUCAGCCUGCAAUUCAACACCAGGGACGGCCUCUCAGACGGAGCCCUGUCUGGGGAUAUGGUGUUCACAAGAGGUUGGCCGAACCAGAUGAUAUUGUACAAAAGGCAAAGCACGUAACCAGAUUCAAACUGCUUUUAGACGAAGAGAAUAGUACACAAAGUCUUCGGGAGAAAGCCAUGAUGGACUUGAAGGCAUUGAAACAUGCUGGUCUGGUGCAAAAGCCCGUCGACACCAUCGCCGAUUACCUCGGCCAACUUUUCAGACACGCUAAGAACCAGUUGGUGAGCUCUCAUGGUCUUCAGGAGGGCAUGGCCGUUGAAUUUGUUCUCUGCGUACCCACGCUCUGGACCGAGCAAGCUUGUCGACGGAUGCAGGAAGCAAUGGCAAGGGCCAUUGAGACAUCACAGCUCGGUCAACUUGAAAAUGGGAGUGUGAAGGACUUGUUCAUUGUUGCAGAGCCCGAGGCUGCGGCGGCGUACGCUCUAGCCGAUAACCAUUACGCAUCCAGAAUCAGCCCAGGAGAGACGUUCCUGCUCCUGGAUUGCGGUGGAGGCACCGUGGAUGCAAUCACAUACAAGGUACUUCAAACGGACCCAGUGCGACUGAAGGAGGUGGUACCUUCGGAUGGCGCUUCUUGCGGAUCCAGUUUUCUCAAUGACGGAUUCCGCGAACUGCUGGAGAACAAACUGGAAGGAGCUGAGUUUCUUGGAAAUGACCUACCUCUGACGCGAAUCAUCGACUCCAAGGUGAUCGAGUGGGAGAACGGGCCGAAGAGGGAGAUUGACAUAACCAAUAGGAAGGAGAUAUUCGACUGCAUGCGGAUCCAGGGGCUCCAGGCCCUCCAGGGCGAUGGAGGUCAUCCCAAAGGCAGCCUCCACUUUACUCGACCGGAAAUGAAGGAAGUCUUCAAACCGUGUCUCAGAGGCGUCGUGAAGUUGAUGCGCAAGCAGCUCCAGCAAGCAAAGGAAGCUCGAGACGAAGCCCGGGGAGCGGGAGCUCGGGGAUUCAAUGUGCAAAAAGUCAUUUUGAUUGGCGGCUUUGGCGAGUCGCCUUCCCUCCAGAAUCACCUCAGAGACGUCCUGUCCAAAGAACGAAAUCUCCUGGGCCAGCCUAUCGAGCUGAUACGUCCCCAUUCCAUCGAUUCAGCUGUCGCGCGCGGGGCUAUCUUGCGAGCCCUGAACAAAGAAAAUGGCCCUGUCCGCAUCACUCGAACAAGCUACGGAGUUCUUUGUACGGAUCUGUACGACAAGGAAUCUCCUCUCCAUCAAGGACUCCGCGGACGGAGAGACCUAGUGGACGGGGAAUUAUACAUUUAUGACACCAUACAUUGGAAAAUCUUGAAAGGCGAUGUCUUGCCUCCGUCGGGUACAAUUCGCGUCAACAGGAGGCAUACAUUUAAGCCUUCCCGGGCACGGUUGACUUGUUGGGAAACCCUGUAUGUCUCAGGCCGACGGCAUGAGUCUGGUUAUCGAAAGCGACAUGCUGAGAACCGAGGUGCUGAAGAGGCUGGUAGAAUAUUGGUUGACUUGACGUCUCUGAUAAUGAGAACGGAGAAUCCAAUCCGACCAGUCACUCAUAGAAACUCUGAAGGGGAAGCAUACACCUUCUAUGAGAUCGAGUUCGACCUGUGCUUGAUCAUCGAAGGACGAAAUCUGCGGUUUGAAGCUCGAUCGCCUGAAGAUCCAGACAAAGUGAAUGCGUCGACGAGCUUUUCUAUAGCUGCUAGUUUCGUCCCCGGAACCGCUUGA